AUGCUGGCCAAUCAGAAGCUUUUGAUCGAGACCAUGCAAGCCUGUCACAGGCACAAUGAGAGUAUCCUUUCCCUGGUGAGCAAAGUGUGCUCGAAGAUGAGCCUGGCAGACAUCAGUUCAGAGUGCGAGCAGGUUCGUGAAGUUCUCAAGGACACGAAUUCAAUGUUCUCGACUCUCCAAGAUGCUUCAACAGCCGAUCUCUCACAAGUCUUGGGAGAUGUGAAGAAGUACGCAUCUGAAGUGGUGACGCAGGAGUCUCGCGAAAUGCAGACUGCAGUGAACCAGAAGGCUGACGCCCUCUCCCAGGACGUGAAUGAGCGCUUCAAGAAACUCGAGGCACGCGUGCUGUCCGAUCUGGGUAGUGGCGAAGCAGGCGAAGGGAAGGCCAGUAAGGGUGACAGCCAACUGCUGAAGAAGAUGACCAACAGGAUGACGGACUUUGAGUCCCAAGUCUCCACGCAAAUUCAACAGCUGACCCAGGAUGUUGAGAAGAAGAUCUCCUUUUUGGGCUCCCGCGCUGGCGACACCGCAGUGCCCGGCUUGGAGAGUUUAGCACAAGAUGUGGAUACCGUGAAGUAUGACAUCGGAGAGUUGAAGGACAUCUUGCACGGCACCAAGAAUGAUCAGUCACAAGUCAAGCGAAUCGUGCUGGCCUGCGAAAGGGACAUGGAGGACUUUACAGCAGCCAUGGAUGCAGUGAAUGUCGACUUGGAUGAGAUGCGCGCAAGAGUGGAUUCAACGCAUUCCAUCAUCACGUCACGCCAGCGCGUAGAGGCCACCGUGACGGCCGAGAUCUCCACCAUGCGUUUGGAUAUGGGUGAUAUGCAAGAGGCCUUGAAAGCCCACGACGCCUGGAUGGAGGAUGUCUCCCAAAGCUUGCAGGAGGUUCACGAGCGUUGCCAACAACUCUCUGAAGACAUCGGUGAGCAUGCCCAGAGCACCCAAGCCAAGUUUGAUGCGAAAACGGACAUCACGGCAUGGAACGACAUGAAUGAUGACAUCGAUGCCUCCAUCAAGACGGUCCGUGACAUGGCAUCAGCACUGCGCUUGGAAGUGGACAGCAGGCGCCGCAAGGUGGAUGAGGAUGUUGGAACUCUCCGUGAGCAGCUGAAGACCCUGACAGAGAAGGUUGACACCAACGCUUCAAAUAUCCAACGCUACGUGGAUGACACUCACCAGACAGUUUCCCAACGCUUGGAUGAACGUCAUCAACACUGCAAGGAUCUGGAGGACGUCUUGGGCCGUCACAACGAGACGCAUCUGCAAAUCCACUCGAAGAUGGACAGUCAUCGUGAAGACUUCGAGACCAGGCAUUCCCAACUUGAAGCGCACCUGCAGAAACAAGAUGAGGAUUUGCACAAGGAGGUGAACGACCGCAUCGAUGGUGUGGAAAGGCAUCACUCCAAUCUCUCCAAGGAGAAUGCCAAGCGCCUCAAUGCCUUGGACCUCCGCAUUGCGGGACUGCAAGGCGCCAGCGGCGAAUCCAAGCGCGACGUUGGAAAGCUCCGUGACGAGGUGAACAACUUGACAGUGAAGAGCGCGGCUCAUGAUGUGGACAUUGGCAAAAACAGUGACGACCUGCGCAAGCUCGAGCGUCAGCGGGCAGAGGACAACCAACGGCACAAGCAAGACGUGGACGGCAUCUACGAGGAGCUUGAUCAGAAGGUCUAUGAGAAGAACUUCCAGACUCUGGAGGACAACGUCACCAAGCUUACACGUGGCACCGUGAAGCUCUGUCAGGUCGUUGGUGUAUUCCCUGGAGCGCGAAUGAAUGAUGGCACUGAGGAAGAACUGGAUGUGGAUGUGGAAUUGCUCAACUGGGAGGAUUGUGCACAGAACCUCGUGAGCCGUGUUGACAAAACUUGGCGCCAAGUUUCCUCUCAGAAAUACCGUAGCAUCCUGGACUUGCUUGGAAAGAAGGCUGACCACUCCGUCUUGCGCCUGCUGCAAAUAUCCCAGCAGCACAUUGAAAGUCAACUGGAUCGCGUCCGCCAUGAGCGCGAGCUCUGGAAGGAAGUGGUGGACAAGCGCGCGCAACAGCCACUGCAACUGGCCCUCACGCUGAAGGACCCACACACUGGACAGCCUUUGCCUGGACCACCAGGAUAUGGACUUCCAGGAUUGGAUGGAAAUGCUAUGGGAGGGCAAUUGUCAGCUCGAGGACUGCCAGCGAUGACAGCGGAUCCUAUGAUGCAGCUGGGCCCUGCAGGACAGGGCAUGGCAGAUCAACCGAAAGCUUCACCCUUGGCCAAACGCAUCGCACGGCCGUCCCCACAGGGGCCGCCGGCUCCAAAG